AGCACCACCGCAUCCAAGAGACUCCCCUUACCCAACCAUAGACCCCAUGAGGGCCGUCCUUGGCUUCGUUUCAUAUACCACUCCAUCCCCCCCACCGCACCAUUCUCGAACACCUUCGACGCAAAGCCAUGGGAAUGGCUGUGUGGAUCGUGAGAAGGUCCAUCAAUGCCUUCUUCGACGGCUACCAGUCUUUUACCUCCAUUGCUGCUCUUCUUGUCUUCCCCGUCUCCGCUUCCGUCCUCCUGUCCCAGGCGCUGAUCCCUUUCGCGACUCCGCCGCUCCUCGAAGCCAUCUCGCUCCGGCUGUGGUCGCUGUUCCAGGCCGCGAGGUUUCCUGCCUCCGUGGGAUUCUUCUCCCUCCUCAACGUCAAGCUCGCGCAAACUGUUUUCACCUUCGUCUCCACGCUGCCACUGGUGCUCACGUUCCAGCUGCUAGCCAAGGCGUCCGUCGUUCAUGUCGUCUGCGAGGGUCGAGAUCCUCGGCGUAAACGAGGCCCGCCUCCGUUGUCUUCGUUCCUCCCCCUCUACCGCUCGAUCCUACCGACGCAUCUCUUCAACUCCUUCGUUGUUCUGUCCGCCAACGCCAGCACUUUCGCCUUGCUCUUCCUGGUCUUCAAUGCAGUGGACCUUCUCGGCCUCUCGACGAGCAACGUCGUCCUUUGCCUCUCGGCUGCUGGCGCCGUUCUCUACUCCGUCGUCGUCGCCAACACAACGGUGAUAUGCAACCUGGCGAUCGUGGUCUCUGCGACGGACAACUGCGGCGGCUACCUCCCGGUCCUCAAGGCCUGCCUGCUCAUCAGGGGAAGGGUCAUGACCGCACUAGGCCUGGCCUUGCCUGCCAACCUGGGAAUGGCUGCCGUCGAAGCCUUGUUUCAGUACAGGGUGGUGAGGCAAUACAACCUCUCAGGGGAGCUGAAUUCAUCUCUUUUCUGGGAGGCGUUCUCGAUCACGUACUUUCACGCGCUCCUCGUUGUUCUUGAUGUCAUCAUGAGCUGCAUGUUCUUCAAAAUCUGCAGAACAGAUUGCCACUCAGACUGCGAGAAGGGCCACGAGCAUCAUGGAGAAGAACUGGAGCCAGAAGACAAGGUUACUCUGCAUGUCUAAAUGUGAGGUCAUCUCUCACAACUAUAUAUACAGAUUUGACAUGGAAACAGAUGAACAUAUACAAUGUUCCCUCGUGAUUCCAAUUUUUCUGGAGUUACAGAACUCCGCUGCGCAGGAGUUCAAUAAAGUAUUACAUGUUACUUCAGAAUGUAAUCCCCCAAUCAAACAGGGACAUUUUCUCUACUACUCUGUAAGCAUUUCCUGAGAAGAGACAUUAAAUAAGCAUUUCUUUCCUUUA